AAGAGAUGAGAAUGUUCCAGCUCUCCUCUAGGCCCGAAUGAGGACCUGUAAGGGGUCUGGAGCACCUGGCUUCAGGGCAGUCUUGUCUUCUUUGACCAAGGUGGAUGGAGAUUGCUGGCCUGGCUGCCAGGUGCCAUGGAGAUUCUCAGAAAACUGGCAGGCGCCCUCCCUUAGCUACAGUGCCUGUGGAGCCAGGAAGCGUCUGGAUGAGUCCUUUGUGGCUUGCUGGGGCGGCUCCUUCAGUCUCCUGCUGUGUGCGGGGCGGGGCCCCGCGAUGUUGGAGCAGCAUUGGCCAGUUACUGGUGGGUGGGGUUGGGUCCGCAACCCCGCAGCGGGGCUAGGGGGCGGGGCCUGCGUGCGGUGAGGUCACGACGCCGGCUCCUCCCAGCGCAAGUACGCAGGCCAGCGAAGUGCAGUCGCCGGCUCUGGGACCUUGGAGACCCGUGGCUCUCGCGACGAUGGGUGCUCGGCUGAGCGGCGGCCAGGGCGCCCCAGACCCCAUGCAGGCCCAGCCCCAGCCCCAACCCGGGGCGCCCGAGGCCCCUGAGCGGCCCCAGCCUGAACCCAGUCCCUGGGGGCCACUGGACGAUGUGCGCUUCCUCAUCACCUGCACCUCCUGGUACUGACUCGACACCCUCAGCAGUUACUGCCAGCUGCCAACUGUCGUUGUGCUGUUAUGUUCCUCUCUUGUCGUCCUUUUCCAACCCCGGCGCCCAGGACAGGCUCGGAGAGUCGAGGAGAUAGAUCACGGAGGACUGAAAGGAGGUCUCUUUCGGCAGGGCCUCUUCGGCAACCUCGCCAUGGGGCACCGGCUCGCCUCUAGUUCCUUCCGAAUUUGUUCGCUUCUUAGCCUGCACCCAAACCAGCUUAAACCUUCGUGCUCACCCCCACCCUACAGCUUCUCCAGCCGUCUGGGUUCUGGGGCAGCCCUCCCUGGCCCUGGCUUCCAGAACCAGGCCAGGACUCCUGGUAAGACCCCAAGACUGCUGACCUCACCUCUUCUCGUCUGUUCCUUAUUGCUAAGAACCGGGCUGUUGCUUUUGUCCCUGGUUAUGGCCCCAUGUGCCUUGGCUUCGGAGAAGACCUUGCCACAGUGACCCUCCCUGUAUUUCUCCUAGGGGGGGCUUGCUCUGCCAUCCUGGAUCCCAGUGAGGCAUUAUCAGGUUGUGUUCCAGGAACCCCAGUAACACUGGGCCUCUGGGGCCAGCCUUUUUGAGAGAGGGGACAUUUGAUUGCUGGGCUGGUAGAUGAGAUGCAUGGGACAGUUCCCAGACACCCCAAAGCACCCUGUUCCCCCUCUCCCAGAAGUUUCUUAAGGCCACUCCCAGAACCUGAUCCUUGUUCCUAUAUCCCAAGAAAACAACACACUCUGUAUUUUUGUUUUAUUUAGAAAUGAUUUAAAAAACAUUAUACAAAGGCUGAUCAGUUUAAAAUGUGA